AGAAGGUGCUGUUUUGGGCAGAAACAACAAUCCCUUGGAUCUACUCUCUUAUCCACUCCUUUUUACUUUUGUAGAGAGUUCAAAUCCCACUCAGAAUUUCGAAAGAGGAAGAAGAAUCUCUACAAUGGCUGGAAAUGCUGCAAAUUCCACGCCAUUAAAGUUCCCCUCCACCAUUCCCACUGUGAAAUGGAAUUCCAAUCCCAGAAUUUGCGUCCUAACAAAACCCCCAACUCCAUCUCUCUCAUUGUACCAAGUUCAGUCUCUCUCUCUCCACAACAACUGUAGAUUUUGCUCCAGUUUCUCUCUCAAAGCUUCUUCCUCCAUUGCUUCAGUUGGAAAUACAGAAUAUGUGGUGGAGCCUUCAACAAAUGUGAAAUUUUCGACGUCCUUGUCUCUGCCAGGGUGCUCAACUUCACUGUCACUGCUCGGAACAGGUUACAGAGAGAAAGUUUUUGCAAUCAUUGGUGUUAAGGUUUAUGCUGCAGGACUAUACAUCAAUACAUCUGUCUCAAAUGAAUUAAAUUCUUGGAGGGGACGAUCAGCCACUGUGAUCCAGGAGGACUCUUCCUUGUUCAAUAUAAUCUUUAAGUCUCCCUCAGAAAAAUCUUUACAGAUUGUUCUGGUCCGAGAUGUUGAUGGUAAAACUUUCUGGGACGCCUUGGACGACGCUAUUUCUCCGAGAAUCAAAGCACCAACACCGGUCGAUGAAUUGGCAUUAUCUACCUUCCGUAGCAUCUUCCAAGGGCGGUCUCUUAAGAAAGGAACUUUCAUAUUCUUGACAUGGCUGGAACCUCCAAAGAUGCUUGUCAGCAUCUCAGUAGAUGGCCUGCCAACAGGAGUAGAAGCUACAAUUGAAUCGAAUAAUGUGACGUCGGCUCUUUUCGAUGUUUUUUUCGGAGACUCCCCUGUUUCUCCUACUUUGAAGGCUUCUGUUGCAACUGGAUUGGCUGCAGUUUUGAAAUAGAUCCUCAUCUUUCUUGUACUUUCAAUUAGUUUGAAUGAACAUUUGGAUAUGGAUCCACCAAUCAAGUUACAAAUCAGAGAUCAAAAUAAGUGUAUUAUGAUACAUGUAGGAGAAAGGGGCCAACUCAAGAAUAUGUUACAAUUCGAUUCAA